AUGCUCUGCAUUGUGCAGAAGAAAGAGAUUCAGGCGUGUUUGGCAGAGAAGCCGAAACAUCCACCAAAUGAAUACAACCUUUUCAUAAAAGCAAACCUCCGGAUGCUAAAAUCGCAGCAUCCGGAACUAACUUGGGCCGAGCUGCUUCGGAAAGCGGGCAAAAAGUACAAGCUGCUUUCCGCAGAGAGCAAAGCAGUCUACAAACAGCUCGCAACCUGGGCGAAAGCCGAGCUGCUUCGGAAAGCGGGCAAAAAGUACAAGCUGCUUUCCGCAGAGAGCAAAGCAGUCUACAAACAGCUCGCAACCUGGGCGAAAGUAGACUACAAUGAACAGAUGAAACAAUAUUCGUAA